AUGGCGGCCGUGGGAAAUGCCCGGGUGGACACCAUUGAAGCCGACCAUAUUGAGGAUCAUGACUCUACUCUAGGUGAGGACGAGUCUACGUAUACUCAAUCCUUGAGGUCAAGUCUGCUCACAAGCGUUUCUAAGAAUGGUAGAGGUUAUCAUAAAUACAAGGAUGGGCAGUAUAUGUUGCCUGAGGAUGAAAAGGAACAAGAGAGACUCGACAUGCAACACACCAUGCUACUAAAGCUGUUUGGCGGGAAACUCAUCCUUGCGCCUGUGAAGGACGAAGAACUACUGCAUGCCCUGGACCUGGGCACAGGGACGGGAAUAUGGGCUAUCGAUUUUGCUGAUGUGCAUCCGAAUUGUCAGGUCCUUGGCAUCGACUUGAGUCCGACCCAACCUUCAUUCGUCCCACCAAACUGCAAGUUCGAGGUCGAUGAUUACGAGUCAGAGUGGACUUUCAAGCAGAGAUUCAACCUCGUACAUGGUCGGAUGAUGCUGACAUCGAUCGAAAGACCAGAAGAGCUGUUCAAGAACACGUAUGACAGCCUUGUCCCAGGUGGUUGGUUCGAGCUCCAAGAUCUGUACAUGCCAAUACCUUCAGAUGAUGGCACCACAGAAGGCACUACAUGGGACGAUUGGAACAAUGGCCUUGAAUUGGCCAUCCAGAGAAUUGGCCGUGACACCCGCUUACCCGCACGGUAUGAAGGGUUGAUGACCCAGACCGGCUUCAUCAAUGUAGAAAAGCGCAUUUACAAACUGCCGUCAAUUCCUGGCCAAAAGACAAAUACCUGA